AAGUCUCUCGUCUUCUCUACUUCUACGAGGCUUCUGACUAUAAGCAUUAAUUUUAUUGUCAAUCAUGAAAGGUGAAGAGAAUUUUCGUAUGGAAAAUACUGAAGAAUCAGAGAGAUUCUCAAAGGAGAUUUGUGUUUUGCUAUUAGACAGCGAUGCGACAUGUCUGGCGAAUCUGUCAGAGAUGAUACGCAAAUGCGGAUAUAGAGUUGUGGCUACUACAAGAGCUGAGGAUUUGCCGCUUAUCAUCAAUAACAAAGAUAAAAAGAUUGAUCUUCUACUGGCAGAUUUCCGCUUGAUUGAGAUGAACAAGUAUGAACUUCUUGAGAAAAUCAGGUUGAUUUGUGAGAUUCCGGUUGUUGUUUCGGGUGCAUAUGUGAAAGAUGCCAUUGUGGAAUGUCUGUGCAGAGGUGCCAAAUUGUGUCUGGAGAAGCCGUUUAAGGAGAAUGACUUAAAACUUCUGUGGCAGUUUACAGUCAGGAGACAGCGAGACUUUCUUAGUCAAAUUGACAUCAACCCACCUGAGAAAAAUGAUUCAAUCACCAACAAUCAAUCUCUUGGAGAUGAGCUUAAGAAAAAUAACGAAGUUGAAACAGAAGAUCUUGAUAAGUUCAAAGAUGAACUCAGACAAGGUAGCAAAAGAAAGGAAAGAGCGGAUAAAGAUACUGGAGAACAUACAGAGAAGAAGAAUGGCUCUGAUUUGGGAGACCAAAAGAAGCCAAAACUUAUUUCUGCAGAUGCCCUACAAACCAAAACUUUAGAAGCUGUCCCAAAUAUAGAAGAAGCCAACAAUGAAAGAAAGGAACCAACAGAGAUAAAGAAGAAUGGAGAAGGUAGUGAGAAGAAGAGCCCAGAACUGGUUUGUAUGGAGGAGGAACUUCAAAAUUGGUCCGCUCAACCAUUUAUUGAUUUAACUGCUUCUGUGGAAAAUGAAUUCGAAGACCAAGAUUUUCUGCCUUUGGAGAGCGAUGGGGAGUCUGUGGGACCUCAUGAGAUUCCAUUGAGUCCGCAAGAGUCCUCAAACAAGAAUGUUGCUGCUCAGCAGCAAAUGCCGACACAUGAAGCAUUAGAUGAAGAAGUGAUGCAGGAUGGAAUCAGCCUCUCUGACCUCGAAUUUGAUCUGGAGGAGGGACAGGGCUCAAAUAAGGAGCUUUUCGAUAAGAUCUUCACCGAUCUCGCCAAAGAGCUUAAACCUUAAAUUACAAAGCUCUGCAUUGCUCUGUUUGUCUACUGAAUUUAUGAGUAUGAGAUGUUUGUCUUUGGUUUUUAAGUUUGUGUUUCUCGCGUCUUAUGUUUGAACUUGAACCAGAAGUCUAGAACUUGUGUUUUUCUUCAGUUAUGUCUUUUAUAUGUCUUCAGUCAAAUUGGCUUUACUGGUUUCUUGAAAAUUUCCAAUAAACUCCUAUCUUUGCU